AUGGCAAUCUCCAGGGUAUACACCUCGCCGUCGGUUCGUAUCACACCGGUGCCGACCUCUCUCCUUCGAUUUCCUCCAGAAUCUCUACCUUCAACUCUACCGCCUCCAUCGGGAGAAGCAACUCUCGCGCAUCCCUUUGCGAUUCCUCCCCAUGUCUACAACACACUGCUCUCAGCAGAGCUUCCGAUUACUGUUGCUUUGGCUUACACGACAAUCGUCACUAUUUUGAAUUAUGCCAAUACAAGGCGCGAGCACAAGCCAUGGGCUAUCAGCCAGACAAGAGCUUUUCGCGCCUUCGUCAUAGCGCACAAUGUUUUUCUUGCUCUCUUUUCAGCCUGGACUUUCAUUGGUUUGGCAAAUGCAGUCCGAGUUUCGUUCGAUGGUGCCACUACAGAGCAUGGCUGGGUCGGUGCCGUAGAUGUUCUCUGCAAAAUCAACGGUCCCAGGGGUUUAGGUGACGCAGUGACCUUCAAUGCCUCAACAGGCGCAUGGGGGUUUACAAACAGAGCCCUCAAGCUCGCAGCUGACAAUCUCCCUGAUACGACGGAUAUUGGAAGGAUCUGGAAUGAAGGACUAGCCUUUUACGGAUGGCUCUUCUAUCUUUCGAAGUUCUACGAGAUUUUUGAUACCUUGAUCAUUUUGGCCAAGGGCAGGAAAAGCUCUUUUCUACAGACGUACCACCAUGCUGGAGCAAUGAUGUCCAUGUGGGCUGGUAUUCGAUACAUGGCUCCCCCGAUUUGGCUCUUUGUCCUAACGAACUCUUUCAUUCAUGUCUGGAUGUACGCUUACUAUACCGCGACAGCACUUGGUGUACGAGUGCCAAAGGGUGUCAAGCAGACCAUCACGACAAUGCAGAUUGCUCAAUUCGUUGUGGGCACGACCUUUGCUCUUGCGCAUCUGUUCGUCUCUUACACCAUCCCCACGUCCGUGCCAUACGUAUAUUCCCUCGCAGACCUUACUUCAGCCAUAUCAUCUGAUAUUUCAAGUGCUGCUUCAGUAGCAACAGCAUCCGCAUCAGCAGGCCUUGGAUCAUGGUUGAAGAAACUCGCAUUCCGAGCUGCCGGCGAGGAAGGAUUAGCCGAGAACGUGCGCAACGAGCAAGGCAAACCCUUUGGAAUCGAUGCGCUACAUGCCGCCAAAGAUCUCAAGGCUCGUGAGGAGAUUCGCUACCGGGACGAAUUGCGGAUGAUUCACUGCAUCGAUACCAGCGGACAGGUCUUCGCUAUCUUGCUCAACUGCUUCUACCUCCUCCCGCUCACAGCCAUGUUCGUACGCUUUUUUAUUCGUUCGUACAUUAAAAGGGAAGAGGAACACAGAGGACAAAUGUCAUCGAAACGUCACCUACUCGAAGAAUCUGGUAAAGAUGCUGUGAAAGAGGUGAGGCGAGAACUUAAGCAGGCUCUAGAUGAGGAGCCGGGGAGUACGCAAGACGAGAAUGGCACAAAGGCGUCUUUGGCUGAGGACAAGACACGGAGUAGCACGGGCAAGCAGGGAAGCGGUGAUGAAGGGAAGGGACCAGCAGAUUCGAAUGAGUCGAAGCAGAAUGUGGAUGGGAGAGAAAGCUCCGGCGAGGAUUCCCGCUCAGGCAAAAGCAAGGACGGACAGCCAAAGACGGGGGACGACAAGGACCAAGGCUCAAGGAUGGAGGACGAUAAGGACCAAGGCUCCAGGAUGGAGGACGACAAGGAAGACAGGUACGACAGGCACGACAGGUACGACAGGUACGAUAGGUACGAUAGGUAUGACAGGUACGACAGGGAAGACAGGGAAGACAGGGAAGACAGGGCAGACAGGGCAGACAGGGAAGACAGGGACGACAAGAACGACAAAGACGACAAGAACGUCAAGAACGACGAAGACGACGUAGAGAAAGACGAUUUGGAGAUCUUGGACAGCGCCGAAGCGGUCAAGGAUGUGCUUGCCGAGGGUCUCGAGACGGCAGAUAAGUUCUCGAAGAACUUGGAGAAUAGCAAAGCUGGCUAG